CCAAGGCCCGCCUCGUUUUCGCCAGCAGACGCUCCCCAGCUUUCUGCCGCCAGAAUCCGGCGACGAUCUUCACUCUUUUAGAUUCCGGUUAAAAAAGAGAAGUGAAAAUGAAUAAGGACAAGAUAUUUAAGUUGGCAAAGGGAUUUCCUGACGGGAGGGAGAAUUGCAUAAGAAUAAGCAGGGAAAGAGCUGGGAAAGAGCUUCAUCUAUCUAACAGGGAAUGCGCCGAUACAAGAAAGAGGGACAUGAGAUCUCUGUGGAUCGAGAGAAUCAAUGCCGGUACCCGUCUCCAUGGGGUGAACUAUGGUAACUUCAUGCAUGGAUUGAUGAAGGAGAACAUCCAGCUGAACAGGAAAGUACUCUCAGAGCUGUCAAUGCACGAGCCCUACAGCUUCAAAGCACUUGUAGACGUCUCUCGCAAUACUUUCCCUGGAAACAAGCCUGCUCCCAAAAAAGAAGGCGUUUCGAUUGAAGCUUGAGGUCCUACUCGCUAGACUCGCCAUAAGUUCAUCAGUUAUAGAUGUUUUAGUGUGUUACAUUUUGAUAUCGAUGUUGUUUCGUAAUACAAACUAGAUGUUUUUGGGAGCUGCACCCAAAACCAGUGGUUGAUUCUGUUGGUGAUCUGAAGUGAUCGUCUCAUAAUUCAUGCGGACAGCCUGUACUAGCUUUCCUCAGUGACUGUAUUCCCUCAGUGUUUUGAUCCUCCCUAGUGCUGAAUCUUUGGGCACCGACUCUACUUUAACUUGGCCCAUUUCGCAAUAACGCAGACAAUUUCUCUUUAGCACA